GGAUAAAAUGGCCGCCAUUUUAUGUUGAUACUCUUGUAUGCGUUCAAGGGAAAGAACAGAACCUUGGAUAAAUAGUUUUGCGUUUCAAGUAUAAAGUUAUCAAUCAAGCGUUUGCUAGGUUUCAGACAUAGUAGAAUUGGAAAGUUUCAUUCAUCAGAUUCUAAAUUUCUUGAAUUUUACUUCAAUCGAUAAGACACGUUGAUACUACAGUGGGAGGCUUUGAUAGUGCGGUGCCAGCCCCACUUAAGAGUAGAGAACUUGACCUUUUUUGUUGACCUGUGGAUUUGUUAGUUGCUUUAGAAGGGCUAUUCUGUACGUUGCAAUGCAGAUAACUGACGGUCAGCCACAGCUUCCUGCCCCACAGUCAGCCGUACCUUCGGGUGAUACGAUGGAGCCAUCUAUGAAGAGAUCAAGGAUGGAGGGAGAGGAUGGCACUGACUUCAUGUCAGCACUUGUCUAUAAUAUAAAUCAAACUGGGACCCUGGUAACAGGUCCAGGAGCUAGAAAUACAACCAUUCCAGGUAUAUUGGGAGCAGGAUUACCAAAACUGACUUCUGAACAACAAGAUGCAGUAACUCGAGCAAAAAAAUAUGCUAUGGAACAGAGUAUAAAGAUGGUACUCAUGAAACAAACUCUCGCCCACCAGCAAAUGCAAGCAAAAUCAUUCCAGCGUCAUCAAGCUUUGGCCCUUAUGUGCAGAGUUUAUGUUGGGAGUAUCAGUUUUGAAUUGAAAGAAGAUACGAUAAGGCAGGCAUUUCUGCCAUUUGGCCCAAUAAAAUCUAUAAACAUGUCGUGGGAUCCAGUAACUCAGAAGCAUAAAGGAUUUGCUUUUGUUGAAUAUGACAUACCAGAAGCAGCCCAGCUGUCAUUGGAGCAAAUGAAUGGUGUGAUGAUCGGUGGCCGGAACAUCAAGGUGGGACGACCCAGCAACAUGCCGCAAGCUCAGUCAGUAAUUGAUGAAAUUACAGAGGAAGCUAAGCAGUAUAAUCGCAUCUAUGUUGCUUCAAUACACCCAGAUCUCACUGAAGAGGAUAUAAAGAGUGUAUUUGAAGCAUUUGGUCCUAUAAAGUAUUGCAAACUUGCGCCGGGAAGUACACCGAACAGGCACAAAGGAUAUGGAUUCAUUGAAUAUGAAACACAGCAAGCAGCCCAAGAAGCUAUUGCUUCUAUGAAUCUGUUUGACUUGGGAGGACAGUACUUGCGAGUUGGCAGAGCAAUAACACCUCCAAAUGCCUUACAGGGGUCUGCAGCACUUCGUAGGGAUUCAGCCAGCAUGCGUGCCCAUGGUACAUCAGGAACAACAAGUAUGAUGCCAACUGCUGCAGCUGUGGCGGCUGCAGCUGCCACAGCAAAAAUUCAAGCAAUGGAUGCAGUAGCAAGUAACGCUGUAGCAUUAGGUCUCUCAAAAUUGGGUGGUGUGGGAACAUCACAGUUACCUAUAAUACCUAAUGUCCCUGCAGUGCCAACAGUGAUACCAACACUGCCAUUGCAGACAGUCCCCACUGUGCCAGUUAUCCCAACUGUAGCUCCAACUGCACUUGGGCAGGCACAUGCUGGUGUAUUACCAGCAGUUAUACCACCUCCAGGCCUUGCCAUACCUCAAUUCCGGCCUCAGGCCGUUACAACACCAGUUACUGCUACAGUAGCAGGACAGCCAGUUGCAGUGAUACCACCACCAGGUGUAAUAACACCAGCAGUGAUUGGACAACCACUGUCAGCUCAAGGAGUUAAUCCACAAGAUGCACUCAGGAGAGCACAGGAACAAGCUCAGCAAAAACAACAGGAGGAACUUCAGAAAAAGUUGUUAGAAGAAGCUGAACCACAGACCCUGCAACAACAAGAAAAUAUGUCCAUCAAAGGCCAGAGUGCAAGACAUCUUGUUAUGCAGAAACUUAUGCGUAAGGUUGAGAGUCGUGUUAUAAUCCUCCGUAACAUGGUGGAACCUGAGGAUGUAGAUGAAACAUUGCAAGAGGAGAUACAGGAUGAAUGCAGCAAGUACGGAACUGUUGAAAGAGUAAUAAUUUAUAAUGAGAAACAGUCUGAAGAAGAAGAUGAUGAUGCAGAAGUUAUUGUCAAGAUAUUUGUAGAAUUUUCUCAGAUGAGUGAGGCUGAGAGUGCGAGAGACGCUUUGAAUGGAAGGUAUUUUGGUGGAAGAUUAGUGAAAAGUGAGUUAUAUGACCAGACAUUGUUUGACCACAAUGAUUUCUCGGGUUAAUUAGGUGCUAGUGUCUAGUGUCAUAGUUUCUCCUAUGGAAGAAACUUUAUGGGACUUUCUCUCAACAUCAGAGAAGUGAGCGGUACAUUGCAUGUGUGUUGUGUCAAAUAACUGAUGAAAUACGUGCCGUGUUUUAAAAGGUUUUGUCAAAAAUGCAUUUCAUUGCAGAGUAUAUUUGUUAAGCAUGGAGUAAAUACUGUAUUACAAAUUCAUGUAAAUAAUAUAAUUAAACAUAUUUUAGGCAGAAUAUUUUUCUGCAUUUGACACACAGUUGGAAGGUAAAUGUAAAAUUUACCAUUCGGCUACAAGCAAGUUCUGUAGCUGUACAUGGAGACUUUUAAAAAAUAUAUGUAUAUAGUAAAACUUUA